AUGGAAACUCCAUUCAAAACUAACUUCUUGCCAUACGGGGAAACCUUCUUUAAUGACGCAACAGGAAGGGCUUCUGAUGGUCGAUUAGUUCCAGAUUUUAUUGACGAUAGACCUUACAACUCAACUAAGCCAUUUCGAGUUUCUGGAGAAGUACCUAAGACAGAAAUUUGCCCACCGCUCUCCAAUCCUACAAAAGGGAAAGAGUAUGACAAGAUGGUUAUUGGCAACCUCACAACUGUGAUGCAGGAAAUUCAUAACAUGGGAGGAAGGAAAUUUGGAUUUUCAAAUUUAGGUGAUUUGGGUUGCUCACCUUUCCUGAGAGGAAAUAAAGAGGCCAAAAAGAAUGGAUCGGUAGGGUGCAUGGAUGGAGUGACGGUGCUUGCACAACUCCAUAAUCAAGCACUAAAUAAAGCCCUCAAAAAACUUCAGAAAAAGCUACAAGGAUUUAAAUAUUCAGUUUUUGAUUUCUAUGCUGCUACAAACGAAAGAAUUAACCACCCAUCAAAAUACGGUCUUAAGGAGGGUGUGGUGGGGAAUGUUGUGGAACUGGUCCAUACAAAGGAAACCUUACAGGUUGCGGUCCUGAAACAGUAUGUGAUAAUGUGA